AUGACUGAUCCGAAAAAUGACCCAAAUAACAAGCCAAACUUGCCUGAGGGCUGGUCCUGCCAGUUUGACGAUGAAUACAAAACCUGGUUCUACGUCAAUCUAGACACCAAAGCGUCCCAAUGGGAGGCGCCUACUGGGACUACCUGGGGCAAUAGUUCUUACCAAAGACCUCCUGGUGCCGCUCCACCACAGGCCAAAGCACAACCACAGGAACAAGCUCAGAGAAGCAACUACCAACAGGGCUACCCACAACAGGGCUACCAACAAGGUUACCCGCCACAGGGUUACCAGCAGGGCUAUUCACCGCAAGGAUACCAACAAGGAUACCCACCGCAGGGAUACCAGCAAGGUUAUCCGCAACAGGGAUAUCCACCACAAGGCUAUCAACAAGGCUAUCCGCCUCAGCAAGUGUACCAGCAAAAACCCAAGAGAUCCGGGUUGGGAGCUGGUGGUGGUGCCGCCAUGGGGGCCAUGGGUGGUUUAGCAGGUGGUAUGUUAUUGGGCAGUAUGUUACUGGACCAUAACAUGGGUGGCGGAGGCUACGAUCAGGGCUACAACCAGGGCUAUGAUCAGGGCAACAAUCAGGGCUACGAUCAGGGCUACGAUCAGGGUUACGACCAGGGCAUGGAUAACGGCGGUUUUGAUGGCGGUGAUUUCGGUGGUGGUGAUUUCUAA